AUUAUAUACAAGAUAUAAGAUGAACCCAAGAACAUGUUUUGGGCUUAGGUGUUGAGUGGGAUAUUUGAGCUUAGCAAGAGAUAAAGAAGAAGGAAGCAUUUGGAGUAUGAAUUCUUCAACAUCGCUUGCAUCCUUCGCCAUUUCUUCUUCUUCACUUCCUUCACUUCCUUCUCUGCAAACCCGCUCAAUCACAUGUAAACAACGCUUCUCCUUUCCUUCUGUGAACCCAAAAAAGUUGCCAACUUUACGAUUUUCAUCCACCAUUACAAGAGCUGCAGAGUACAAAUUCCCAGACCCAAUUCCCGAAUUUGCAGAUGCUGAGACGGAGAAAUUCAGAAACCACCUUCUCAAAAAGCUUUCGAAGAAAGAUAUGUAUGGGGAAUCGGUUGAAGAGGUUGUAGGACUUUGCACUGAGAUUUUUAGCACUUUCUUGCACUCGGAGUAUGGAGGUCCUGGUACGCUCUUGGUCCUUCCUUUUGUUGACAUGGCUGAUGCCAUAAAUGAACGAGGAUUGCCUGGUGGGCCACAAGCUGCACGUGCUGCUAUCAAUUGGGCCAAAGAUCAUGUCGACAAAGACUGGAGAGGAUGGACUAGUGGUAGUGGUGAUAACAACUAAUAAUAGGGUAACUCCUCUAUGUUAACUAGUCCUGUCAUAAUUGUCGUGCCUAUGUUGUAUGAGACCUAAAUGAGAUGUUUUGUUAUCUAUCUCGUAAGUGACCGUUUGGUUUAGCAUUGGAUAGAAUUUUGAAAGAGUUGAGAGAAAUUAUAUUGGAAAAGUGUAAAAGUUAAUUUUCUAAAGCUAAACGUCAAACAAUCUGGGCAUAAGACGGACAACAAAAUGCAUAGAACAAUGGCUGAAAAAAAUACAUAUGGAAGCAUAGCUAUUUG